CAUAUCGAUGUCACUGCCGCACCUGCGCAGCCAUCUUGUACUUCGAGCGAGGAGCGUACACAGAAAGAAAUCAAAAGGAUCAAAUAAACCUGUCAAAUCAGAAGAAAAUAGGAAUGUCGCUAAACGUUAUAUAGCCCCAUAACGAUUAGACACCCAAGAAGGAAAAGGUUAGGUAAACAAGACGGUGAAAUAGACAUUCAAGUGCUUCGGAUAUCGAGACCGACAAGUCAUCUUUUGCUUGUGAGUGAGAGGAGGAAGGGACAGUCAAAUCGCCGAAAGAAAAACACAUCCCGAACGUCAGUCAAAUCAUGAAUCCAGAAUAUGACUACCUGUUCAAGCUCCUCCUUAUUGGUGACUCUGGUGUGGGAAAGUCCUGUCUUCUGCUCCGCUUUGCUGAUGACACCUACACAGAGAGCUACAUCAGCACCAUCGGUGUAGACUUCAAGAUCCGCACCAUCGAGCUGGACGGCAAGACCAUCAAACUACAGAUUUGGGACACUGCUGGCCAGGAGAGGUUCCGCACCAUCACCUCCAGUUACUACAGGGGCGCCCACGGCAUCAUCGUGGUCUAUGAUGUCACAGAUCAGGAGUCGUACAACAAUGUGAAGCAGUGGCUMCAGGAGAUCGACCGCUACGCCAGCGAGAACGUCAACAAGCUGCUGGUGGGGAACAAGUGUGACCUCACCACCAAGAAAGUAGUGGACUACACAACAGCCAAGGAGUUUGCCGACUCCCUGGCCAUCCCCUUCCUGGAAACGAGUGCCAAGAACGCCACCAACGUGGAGCAGGCCUUCAUGACCAUGGCUGCUGAGAUCAAGAAGAGGAUGGGCCCCGGGGCCACGGCUGGAGGGGACAAGCCCAACCUGAAGAUAGACAGCACCCCUGUCAGGCAGUCUGGAGGGGGGUGCUGUUAAACUGGACUCUGUUCUGGAUGCUCUCCUCUUCUUCACCCUCCCUGCUCUGGGCUUCACUUCCUCCACCUCUUAAUCCCUCAGCCUCCCUCCCAUCUCCCGUUCUCUUACUCUUGCCGCGGGAUGGGUGGUUGGAUCGGGAGAGGUUGAGAGGAGGGGUGAGAACUGGGGACUGACUUUAAGACCGUAUCUCCCCCCCAAAAAAGUAAAGAGAAAAGUUAGGUGGGGGUUAGGUUGAGAACUUUUUUUUUCUUUUUUUCCGAGCGAUGAGUCAGGAACGUAAACAGAUAUGAGAAAAGAUUGGUAUUGACUUAGAGGAGAACUGGGUGAUAGAAGAUUAGGUUUUAGAUUCCGGCGAGCGCUUAUCUCUCUCCCUCUCCUGUGUACACACACACACACACACACACACAGAGACACACACACACAGAGACACACACACACACACACACAGAGACAGAACAGGGGGCGGAGUGAUUCUCCCAUAGGAAGUUGUCACAGGUGAGGUUUUCUUUCCUUUAGGCUAUGUCUGUCAAUAGCAAAAUUCAGUUUAGAGUGCUACAAUAAUCUGUCAUUUAUGUAUUGGACCUGUUUUUAUCUCAGACUGCUGGGGUGCCUUGUAGUCAUGGCGACGUGUCACCAUCUUAAGUCUGUUUAUAGGUAUCAAGUGAGUGACGUGUUCAAUCUAGCKUACGGUCUAAGUUCUACAUGCAAUAGUAACACUAAUGCACUAUUUAUACCCAUGUAUCCAUCCAUCCAUUGUAGGACCUGAAUUGGCGUUGGGGCAGACUGCAGACAGUCAUGCACCACUACCAGCGUACUAACUACUGAGAGGAUACGGGUAUCUAGGAUACGGGUAUCAUAGAAUGAGUAGACUGGACUCUGAAGGGAGGCAUCAGCAGAGAUGGGAGAGACAUACACUUUGUCUGUGUGGAGAAGAGGGUGCUGGGAUGGAUAGCUCUGUAGAGCCUGAGCUUUAGGUUGAUUCGACACAGAACAGGAUAACUUUUGGUUGAACUUGGAAUCACUCCUUCCCUUCAUCACUCUACAUGCAGACGGGAGGAUGCAGUGAGAGAGACUCUUGGUUUUUGAGUGUUUUAAUAUACUGUAUGGUGUUAGUUAGCUCACAUCACUCCUCUUGUUAGGAUUUCACAUGUAAAGACAAAACAAAAAAAAUGACACAAAUAUUUGAGAUAUGCUUAAGUCAUGUUUGUAUGUCUUUAAGUUGUCAGGACUCUAUAUUACAGUAUGCCUAAGGUGGUUCUUCAACAUAAACAGACAGUGUACACACACACACACACACACACACACACACUGAGAACGGGGCAUGACGUAGUACUAGAUUAGUGGCGGGAGUAUGUAGGGGCUUGGGCAAGUGAUAUUCAACUAAUUAACAGGACAUAUGAAACAAGAAAUUGGCAAUAUUCUGUCUUCAUAUUCAUAGAUUAUUGUUCAUCUUAUUUAAUUGUUAUUACAAUGAUUUUAUUAUUUGAUAUUUGUAUUUUCUGUAGUUUUUUUCUAAUCGAAAAAGCUUGUAAAAAAUUGCUUGAAAUGUUGUCCAACUUCCUUUAUGGGUUGGGUUGGGAUGUUGUUUUUUGGUUUGGUCGGGGGACUUAGGGAGUUGUCUCUGAAAGCUACUGUCCCUCCUGUGCCUCACUGGACUCCUAAAGAUACUGACCACGUGCGUAACUUCUGAAGCAUGUCACACCACAGGUUCUUUACGCCUUGGCCAUGACCAACUUCUCAGACCAUGUUUCCAUCCACCAUUUGUCAUCACGUGUUUCUUUUAUGGUUGUCAUGGUUUCAUGUCAGUUAGUGUGGUCAUUAUGAAGCGUAGCCCGGCCAUCGUGGUUUAAACGGCCUAAGACAUCCUGACCUGGCUAAUUAUGUUCCAGAGGAGUCCCUAUUCAAGACCAAAGUCUCCGUCCAGUACUAUGACCACAUGCCAACUCAUUACCUCUCUCUCUAGAUCAGUGCGUGAAUGGUGUUCUUCAAUCUUCAUCAUUGUCAACUGCUAGCUAGUUCCAGUAGCCUCUAUAUAGCUUAAGACAUGGAGUGUGUUUGGUUGAUCAGAAUGUGUGUUAAUGGGCCUGGUUGUCCUGACUGAGUCCCCCUUCUACAGGAACCUGCCCUGCGCCGUUCCCUUCCCAGUCUGUCCUCAUGGUUCUCAUGGCUGUGGGUUACUGACUGAGUCCCUCUUGUACAGGAACCUGCCCUGCGCCGUUCCCUUCCCAGUCUGUCCUCAUGGUUCUCAUGGCUGUGGGUUACUGACUGAGUCCCUCUUCUACAGGAACCUGCCCUGRGCCGUUCCCUUCCCAGUCUGUCCUCAUGGUUCUCAUGGCUGUGUGUUAUUUCUCAGAGGCAUUCCUAUGGAACUAUGGAACCUAGCAGGAAUGUGGAGAAAACCCUCCAACCCCUGACCUUAACCAACGCUAGUUUUGAAUGAAUGUAAUGCACUACAGUACGGCUAAUACUACUAAUAUGGCCUCUAAGCUUUUGUGUUCUUGACUACAAAGAAUAUUGGCCUUUGUCGGUUAUUACAACCUCAAUUUUCGAUCAAUUUUUCUGUAGAAGUAGUCAUGGUUACAACGGGACUACGGGACAAUGGUUGGAAUUACAGUGACUUACUGUUAGCCAGGACUGGACCCAUAGACUCGUUACAGCACUAUAGUGAGCCUGUUGUGGAAUUGACACAUCCAUUUUGUCCUCUUGGUUGCCCCUUGGUCUUACCAGUCUGACAUGGUGCAGUAGGCAGUGUGUAACCGUUCUAGUUUUCUACCUGUAUAUCUUUAUUACUAUGUGACGAGCAGACGGGAAGGUCCGUACUCUAACGACAACUAUGUAAGAGUGUUGUACGGUCAUGUUAUAUGGUCAUUGAGCCRUGUUCAGUUUGGCUUUGAGCAUGUUAUGUCAUCAUGGUCACGUUACGGUCAUCAUGUCGUGUUACGGGCUUAGAAAAAGUCCUAGAUUCUGGUUCAUUGGGUCGGAGUGAGUUUGACUGCUUGAACGUUCAGGGGUAGCAGGGACUGACUGGUUUUGGCAUGCAGACCGGAUAUGAACUCCCAUCAGCCUCCUCUUUAAGCCAAUCAAUAUAUUACAACAAUGUUCUCUGAAUGGCUCCUAAUACUCAUUGAUAAAACGAAAUCUGGCUUGGACUUUCCCGGUUGGUCUUCGGCAGAUAGUUGAAGUUAAGGUGGCACAGCCUCGGCCUCCCGGCUCAGAGCUCCAUGUAGUAACGUGCAAUUGCAGCCUGUAAAAACUGUGAUGUCCAAUGUAUACUGACGAGUUAGUGAGCGCUUACUGUCUGCAGAACACGGCUACCAACCAGUCUAUGGCAUUAAUGUCUAGAAGAGCGACGCGAGGGCUGAAAGCAGGUUCACAGAAAGUAUCUGUUGUAGAUGUGAUUCUUUAGGGUAGUAGAUACAGCAGCCGUCUUAGCACUAACGUUAGUGUGUUGUCUUUUUGGUAGAGCCUUUUACAGAUGUGGUUUGGCCAAGCCUGUGACGCGAUGCAAGACUCAACCAGACUGGAUUGUGUGCCAGCUCUCAUUUUAUGCUCAUUCAGUUUGGUGUGCUGAAUUUGAGGAUCUGGUAGGCCUAAAGUAAUCGCUGGUUGGAAGGGAGGGAACAUUAGUGUGUGGGGUCGGGGACGGUCUGUGUGCGUGACCUUCCUGCUCCCUGAGCACAGGUCGGCUUUUCUCUCAAAUCUCACAAGUCCUUCUGCGAAUGAAACGAUUGUUUGCAACUCCACACAGACACACGCACACUCGGUCACACAGACUCGCUAAAUUGAACGUUUCACGCCAUAACAGUGGCCUUUUUGAUUUGUUCUGAAUGUGCUUUUCUUAUCAAGAAUUCUUGAUAUUCUACUGAUUUUAAUAUAUUAAUUGAAAAUAUACUGUGGUAAUAUUGUGUCCGGUCCAUCGGCGGAUAUGAGGGAGGGGUUUAGGAAAUGUGGGUGGGACAACAUGUGGGGGUGGAGUUAGCGGCGGGCUUUGUUUGGGCUCGUGCUCAUGAAUGUGAUUAUGAUGGAACUGCUCAAAUCUUAUUUUUUUUUGUUUUUCUGUGUAAUUUGCACACUUCUUUGUGGCUCUCCCAUGGCUUAAUAAAGGAACACGUGUUCUUUAAUACCGAG